AUGGCUGAGGCAGUUGUUUCCGUCGUGCUCGAAAGUGUCAGAGACUUCACCAUUCAGGAAGCCAAGUUCUUGUCUGGAGUCAGCCGUCAAGUUGAAGCUGCACAAACUGAGCUAGAAUUCAUGCAGGGAUUCCUCAAAGAUGCAGAUGCAAGACAAGGACAAGAUACAAGAGUCCAGAUUUGUGUUGCCAAAAUUAGAGAUGCGGCUUAUGAUUUGGAAGAUAUUAUUGAAACUUAUGGCUUGAAAGUGGAUUCCAAGAAGAAGAAAAGAGGCCUCAAGAAUGUUCUCAAAAGAUUUGCCUGCAUCUUCAAGGAAGGGGUUGAUGUUCACAUGAUUGCGGCAGAAAUUGAGAAUAUCACUACCAAAAUUUCGGUGUUGAGAUCGAAUUUGCAGAGUUAUAACAUAAAGGAAAUGAGGGACAGGGACAGCGGUGGUGGUGAAUCUUCCUUGCAAUUGCAUGAGAGGCUAAGGAGAAGUUAUUCUCAUGUUGUUGAACGUGAUGUUGUUGGGAUAGAGGACAACGUAGAAGGAUUGGUAAUGCAUGUAUUGAAGGAUGAAAAUCGUCAUCAAGUUGUAUCUAUUUGGGGGAUGGGCGGUUUAGGGAAGACCACCCUUGCAAGACAGCUUUAUCAUCACAAAAAAGUAAGGCAGCGUUUUCAUAGUUUUGCUUGGGUCUGUGUAUCUCAAUGGUGUCAAGUCAGAAAUGUUUGGGAAAGAAUUUUAAUUGAACUCACUUCUGCUACCAAGGAACCAAAACAAGAAAUUAAGGAGAUGACAGAUGACGAAAUAGCAAAGAAGCUUUUUUGUGUCAUGGAAGAAAUGAGAUGUUUGGUGAUUCUUGAUGACAUUUGGAGUAUCGAGACAUGGAAUCUUUUGAAGGUUGCAUUUCCAAACGUGGAAACAGAGAGCACAAUACUGCUUACUACACGGAAUCAAGCAGUAGCUUCACUCCCAAAUAUAAAUGUUUUUCUCCACAAACUCCAGCCACUCAAUGAGAAUGAGAGUUGGGAACUACUUGUGAAGAAAGCAAUACCUGCAAGGGCUGAAAUCGGCUUAGGAAUGUACACAAAGAAGAAAGACUUAGGAAUGAAGAUGCUUCAACAUUGUAAAGGUUUGCCAUUAGCCAUCAUUGUGCUUGCUGGAGUUCUAGCCAGAAAAAACUCCAUUAGAGAAUGGGUGAGAGUGUAUGAGAAUGUUCGUGAAUACAUAAAUAGAGGCAUCGGACAUGAAGAAGAAUACGAAGGUGUAUCACGAGUGUUGGCAUUGAGUUAUGAUGACCUACCGUAUUACUUAAAACCAUGUUUUUUAUAUUUAAGUUAUUAUCCUGAAGAUUGUAUUAUUUCGGUAAGCACAUUGACUAAGUUAUGGGUGGCAGAAGGUCUUAUCUUCUUAAGACAACAAGGUCAUGGUUCGGAGAAAACAAUGGAGGAUAUAGCACGUGAUUGCUUAAGUGAGUUAGUGGAAAGGUGUUUGGUUCAAGUGGGAACAAGUGGUUCAACUGGGACAAUUAAAGAUUGUCGAAUCCAUGAUCUUAUACGAGACAUGUGUUUGUUAAAGGCAAAAGAUGAAAGCUUUCUCCAAAUUAACUAUUCUUUGCAAGAAAAUACUUCUUCUGUGACAGCCCAGGCAUCACAAUUGGGGAAAAUUCGAAGACUUGCAAUUUAUGUGGAUGAGAAGGCAGAUAGGUUGGUUUCUUCAAGAGAUGAAACAAAUGGGCAUGUAAGGUCUCUAUUAUUCUUUGGCCUAAGAGAAUGGAGGCCAAAAAGUGAAAAAGGAUUACUAUCUCCGUUGAAGGAUUUCAAAGUGCUUAGAGUUUUGAAGGUUGAAGGUCUUCGGGCAAGAAGAGUAGAGUUGCCAAGUGAAAUUGGAAAUAUGGUACACUUAAGGUUUCUAAGUGUGAGGAGGAGCGAAAUAAAGACGUGUCCGCCAUCCCUAGGUAAUUUAGUAUGCAUGCAAACUCUUGAUUUUCGUGUUUCAAGUUAUAUUGACAUGGUCAUCCCAAAUGUGAUAAAGAAGAUGAAACAAUUAAGACAUUUAUAUUUACCUUGGAAUUACAGAGCAAAGGGUAAGCUGGAGCUGUCUACUCUUGGCCAUCUACAGACCUUACAUAACCUUUCAAGUGAGUAUUGUGAUUUGAAAGAUGUUGGUAGAUUAACCAAUCUUAGAAAACUGAAAAUAAGAGUGUUAGGCUCUUUGCAAAAUCUAGAGGAAAUCUUAAAAUCUACAGGCAGCACGCUUAACCGUAUCCGGUCUCUAAUUGUGAAAAAUGACAUGAAUAGUGGUGAAGAGCAAGCUAUGCAAAUAGUAUCAAGCUGUCGGGGUAUAUACAAAUUGACGUUGGAUGGGCCAAUCGCAGAAUUACCGAAAGAGCUACACAACUAUCCAAACCUCACCAAGUUAGUAUUAUGGAGUUGUGGUCUCAAAGAGGACCAAAUGGGAAUACUAGAGAAGCUGCCAAACCUAACAAAUUUGAAGCUUUUUGAAAAACCUUUCGAGGAGAAUACAAAGAUACUGGUUUUCUCCAAAGGAAGCUUUCCUUCUCUUGAAUUUCUUCAUGUUUCUAGAAUGGACCAAAUAACAGAGUUGAGGGUAGAGAAAGGAGCCAUGCCUCGUCUUUGUCAAUUGUGCAUCCAAUUUUGCUCGGGAUUGACUACACUUCCAGAUGGGCUGAGAUAUCUUAUUUAUCUCAAGGAAUUAACCAUAAGAUGGAUGUGUAGAGAACUCCACCGUCGGAUUGAGGAAGAUGGAGAGGAUUUCUAUAAAAUUCAACAUCAUAUCCGGAAUGAUGUGGCGCCAAGCUACAUCAGAGAGGGUCCAGGCUUAGGGUUUUACUUCCCGGGGAUGAUGUGGCGCCGAGCUAGAUCGAGCGCGGGUGUCAACAUCCGGAAGCUCUCUACCGCAGUACAACGUCGUAUCGAGGACGAGGGCGACUGGUCCUACGCCUCGGAAUGGUGGGGCACAGAAUCUGAAGGCCACACCGUCCUCCGAUCCACAUCCGACAAAGGCAACGGCGUCGUUUCAGUCGUCGCCUACCCUUCGUCGAAACCCAGUGAACUCCACUGGGCAUCAACGGAGAGAUGGCUACAGAAAAGGUACGAAGAGAUACAUGGAUGCCAUGAACAGAACGACAGAUUCAGAGUGCUCGGAUAUCAAUGGCGCGCUCUUCGCUUCAACGAUGACACUCGCCAAAGCACCGUCAAGGUUUUGGCUGCGUAUCGGCAAUCUGAACCUGGCGUUUUCGCCGUUAUGCAGCAGCCGCAUUGCUUGGCUGUUCCAUAUCUUAAGAGUAUGAUAUCAGCUGGGUUGGCUGCUAUAGCAUCUUGUGAUUACAAUCUCAUGGAUGCGGUGACUGGGAACGAAAGCAUGCGUAUUUUGUGCAUUGGCCAUGGUGGGGGAAGCUUGCCAUUGUUUUUGGCUAGUAUGAUUCAAGGUGCUGUUGUUGACAUAGUUGAAAUCGACCCUCUUGUUAUCUCGGCCUCAGUUAAAGCUAUGGGGUUUCCAGCUUUCUCAGUUGUUACUCCAUCGGGCAAGCGUGCUAUCUCAAUACCCGAUACCAUGGAUGAGGUUCUGUGGAAAGGCAUCCACGAGAGGCUGUUCCUCUAUGAGUCUGAUGCUGAGGAGUUCAUUCUCAAUAACACCAGCUUGUACGAUAUGAUCUUCAUUGAUGCUUAUGAUGGUGAAGAUAUCUUCCCUCACAAAUUAUGGGAUCCACAUUCCCCAUUUUUAAAAGCUCUCAGCAAUCGGCUUUGCCCUGAACAUGGCACGGUUGUGGUGAACCUUCAUUCAGACACUGAGAUCUUGAACCCUGAUGGCUCUGCUCCAUCCGUUCUGCAGCAAACCUUGCCAAUGGGAAAGUACGUCUCGGGGGUUUGCCGGGCAUACAAGGACGUGGUAGUGGGUAAUGGAAGUAGUUGUGGGGGAAAAGAUUCUGGUUUGGGGUUUACUGUUUCAGUUCCUUGGGUGUGCAAUACGUCACUGGUUGUCUGCAGAGGCUUUAGGGUUAAGGGUGGGCAUAGCAACAGAGAUGUGAUCAUGAACACUCUCAUAUCCAAAUCCUUUGAACUGGAAAAUGUUCUCAACUUGCCAUUCUCUUGUUUGCAAUAUAUAAAGAGAGGUUUUAUAGUUGUUGAUUAA